GCACUGGAUUACCCUGGUAGCAAGUAGCAACAUCCAGUGCAUCUAGUGCAUCUAGUGCAACCGUGUGGAGAAGUGAGUAACGCGCUCCUAACCUAGUUCAUUCAAUUCUCUACCCCACUUUGUUUCUUGAACGCAAAAUAUCUACCAUCUCCCUGAUAGUUGUCGCUUCAACAAUUUUAUCCGAUAGAGUGAUAAUAGUGUAAGAAUUGGGACCGGGACACUACCGAUUAUUUCGAGAUGACGGAUGGUGAGCGAUUACAAACGGAUGAUAGUGCGCACAAAGAUGCGAUGUGCGAGACUAUCUUGGUGGUAAUAUCAUGGAUUAUUGUGAUACUGACGAUGCCGCUCUCUCUCAUUGUUUGUUUCAAAGUUGUACAAGAAUAUGAAAGGGCCGUCAUAUUUCGACUGGGUCGUCUUUUAUUCGGUGGUGCUAAGGGUCCCGGAAUCUUUUUCAUCCUGCCGUGUGUGGACAACUACACGCGCGUUGAUCUGCGAACGCGAACAUGUGACGUGCCGCCGCAAGAGGUCUUGACGAAAGAUAGCGUUACGGUAUCCAUUGAUGCAGUAGUUUACUACCGAAUUAUUAACGCGACCGUUUCGAUUACGAAUGUGGCGAAUGCGCAUCAAAGUACCAGACUACUAGCUCAAACAACCUUGAGGAAUAUCAUGGGAAAACGACCACUUCAUGAAAUAAUGAGCGAACGAGAAACAAUCUCCGAAAACAUGCAGGUUGUCUUAGACGAAGCCACUGAUGCGUGGGGAAUAAAAGUUGAACGAGUCGAAAUUAAAGAUGUACGACUACCCAUUCAGUUGCAACGAGCUAUGGCGGCGGAAGCCGAAGCUGCACGCGAAGCACGCGCUAAAGUGAUUGCUGCAGAAGGAGAACAAAAAGCCAGCAGAGCUUUGCGAGAAGCGUCGGAAGUCAUCAGUGAUUCACCGGCAGCCUUGCAACUCCGUUAUUUGCAGACACUGCAUUCAAUAUCAGCGGAGAAAAACUCUACCAUUGUGUUUCCGCUGCCAAUCGAUAUGCUGACAUAUUUUAUGAAAGCUUUGCCAAAGGAAUAAUUGCCUAAAAGAAAGAGAGAGAAAAAGAAGAAAGAAAUGGAGUGUGUGUUAUGUUACGCAAUGUAUAACCACCAAAAAGAAGAAUAACAAUCCCCCUGAUGCUGCUUGAGGAACAGUUUUGUUUGGAGAUUUAUUCGUAUUUGUAUUUGACACGCUUACAUAUUACAUUUUAAUAAUAGAGAGUUGCCAAUAUUUGACCAUUAUCUAUAACAAUUUCAAAUUUAAUAAGCUGUAAACUGAUUACUUGCAAAACGUUGCAUACAUGUGAUUUUAUCGCACAGGAUUAACUCGGAUAACUCUAUACGACAUACACAGAAACAUAUAUUUUUGGAAAAUCUUACAGGAUUAUUUUAUAUGUUUACAUGCUAUAAGAAGUAGUAUAGCAAAAUUUAUAGCAUGUAUAUAGAAUAUAAUUGAACGAUGUCAGUAUUUGUGAACAUUCAGUCCGUUCUUGGUACGGCAAUAAUUUCACUUGUGUCAGAUAUACAGUUGGCAGUUAAAUGUCAAACGGUGAAAAAUAUGUAAUGAUUGAAAAUCUCACACAAUUAAUCCGUUCAUUAUAAAUCUCGCACUGCCACUAAUGCCAGACUUUUACAAGACGCGAUUGACUUUACGACAUUAAGAAAUCGAUCGGUUUGUAUAAACAAAAUUUAUUUUGUAUAAUAAUUAUUUGAGGUAAAUGUCAAAGAGCGGUUUUUUGUCUUGUCAAUUUUGUGAUAUGCAAUAGUAUUUUAAUCUACUAUCAUUUAAAUAAUCAACAAUAAAAACUCUUUAAAUCUUACCUAUUUCAUUUAGGAUACUAAAUUACGUUUUUUCAACUAAAAGAUUUAUUUUACAAUAUGUGUACUUUGAUAAUUUUCAAUUUUAAUAAUGUGCUACUUAAACACAUACCGCUAAUACUGGUAAUAUUGCCAUGGGUGCGCACAAGUGUUAAGAAUAAUUAAUUUUACAAUAUAUAUAUAGAAAUAUUUUAUACUUUAGCGGCUUGUAAUGAUUGCUUGGUCUAACAUCGGCAACUCUUAAUAGCGAUAUUUAUAUACAUUAUUUACUUUGCUAACACUUUGAUAUUCUUACAUUUAUUUUGUAAAAAAAAAAAAAGAAAAAAUUAUCGAGUACAAAUACAUACAGACGAUCUCGGAGAA